AUGAAAAUUGAAUGUCAGUUUUCUGCUUUUACUCUAAUUUGAAAGAGUUUGUUCUCAGAUUACGACACAGUUAGUCUGGUCGCCAUAAUCGUCUCAGCAGUAUCCUUCCUGCUCUCCCUUGCCGUGGCCGUCGUUUCUGCUCUUCGCUUUCGCAAGAAGUUGAAGCGCCAUGCCCGAGGCUUCGGCUACAGCGCCAAGGUGUUUCUUUUCCACAUUUUUGAGCGUUUAUGUUUGAAAAGGCUCGCUGGUGUGUUAGAAGACACUUGAGCGAAGAUGAUAAAGCUCUUGGGUAAGGAGCCUUUUUCGGACUUAUUUAUUUCCGAUUCCACUUAAAAUUCAAGUUAAAUAACGCGGUUUCGCUUCGCUCCGCAAAGUCUGAGGACUGUAUUCGAAUAUAUAUUUUACUGGUUUUCAGGUUGUGGAAUUGCAAAAUCCGAAGAGCGAUAUGGGUUUGUGUACUUCUUUUUGUAUGAUUUUAGCAUUUUUUUUCCGCAGAUGAUACCAAAAACAAAGUGCAACAACAGCAAAUUCCGGCCAAAGAGAAAACUCCCGUACCGAAAGAUAAAACAAAAACGAAAUAA